UCCAUAAAAUAUGAUUUGCCAAAUUUAUACAAGUUACAAAUAAGUGCAAGAUAACAUUGGGACAUCAAUAAUAAUAAAAUUAAAUGAUCUGGAGGGCCGGAUAGAAUUUCGACAAAUGUGGUCUACACAAUAAUUAGAAGAUUGAGGGUUCAUAUCCACAGCUGAAUGGUACAAUAGUUUAUUAAAUAAAAUGUUUUUCUUCACUUGAUGAUUCUUCAGGUUCAUCUUCAGAAGCUGGAACUCGUUUCUGGAUCAAUAGAUUCUGGUUCAGUUGAGUCUUGGUGAUAUUAAAGACUAUUACUGUGAUGGUCUAGAUCAGGCAGCUGAAGCCUAUCAAGCUAAAUAACUGACUGUUGAUCACCUGGUUGAAGGUUCAAAUCCACACUAAGAUCACGUAAUUUUGGUGGUCAUUUCUUGAACUUUUAUGGACAAUAAUUUUUAUUGAUCCCAAGGGAAACUGGUGAUGACUUAAAGAAACUCAGGUCCUUCACACCCCUCCCUCCCUCCAUUGAAGUUCUCCGCUGACACCAGUUUUCCCUGCCGGACUUGCUCUGUGACUUUGGCCCCACCCAUCUCACCUGUUCCUUCUCUCACCUGAAUCAUUUCCUCCUGAGAAUCCCGGCAGCUCACUGCUUCCCCCUCAUCUCUGGCUCACUUUUCCCCCCUCGUCGACCAUGAGUGCCAAGCUGUGGACGGAGGAGCAGUUCAACUGCCCCGUGUGCCUGGACCUGCCCAACGACCCCGUCACCAUCCCCUGCGGACACAGCUACUGCAUGGCGUGCAUCCGGGACUUCUGGACCAAGGAUGACCCCAAGGGGAUCUACAGCUGCCCCCAGUGCCGCCAGACCUUCUGCCCCAAGCCCCCACUGUCCAGGAACACCAUGCUGGCCGAGGCGGUGGAGCAGCUGCGGAAGGGGGCCCUAAGCUCCACCGUGCGGGACUCCAUCCGGAGCGUUCGCGGCGGCGGUGUCUCCUCCAAACCCAGGCUGUCCACGGCGGCCGUGCUGUGCGACAUGUGCAAGAAGGAGCGGCGCGCGGCGGUGAGGAGCUGCCUGGCGUGCAUGAGCUCCUUCUGCGAGGACCACCUGAAGCCCCACCAGACCAAGAAGUCGCUGAAGAAGCACGAGCUCAUCGCGCCCGUCAGCAACCUGGCGGAGAAGAUCUGCACGCAGCACAAGUACAUGCAGGAGUUCUUCUGCCGCCACUGCAAGAUGUUCGUCUGCUGGCUGUGCACCAGCAACCAGCACAAGGACCACGAGUGCGUCUCCACCAAGAUCCAGCGACUAGAGAAACAGAAAGUGCUGUCAGAAAUCCAGGCGGAUAAUCAGCAGCGGCUGAAGGACAGAGAGCAGGAGCUGAAGGAGCUGAAGAAGGUCAUGGAGGUGGCGAAGAAUUCUGCAAACCGGGUCCACAGCGAGACGGAGGCGGUGGUGAGGGAGCUGCAGGAGUCGAUGGAGCGCCUGCAGGAGCUGCUGGAGGAGGCGCUGGAUCAGACCGGCCUGGAGAAGAUGGGCCAGGCCCAGGAGGUGGUGGAGAACCUGGAGGGGGAGAUCAGGGAGAGGAAGAAGAGGGACACGGAGAUGAAGGACCUGUCGGGCUGUGACGACCACAUCUACUACCUACAGACGUGCGACUCCAUGUCCACCCCUCUGGAGGUCGGGGACUUUCCGGUCGUGCUCGUCAACGCAGAGGCCUCCUACGAGCCCGUUCGGAGCGCCAUCCUGGCCCUCAGGGAGCGAGUGGAGGAUCUGUGCAACCAGGAGCUGGGCAAGAUCAUCAAACAAGUGAAUGAAACCACGCUCUUCACGCUGAAAGAAUCCAACCGGAACAGAGGAGCCAAAACGGGGAUUUUAAAACUGUUUUCUGGUCUCGGUCCUCGCAACGCCAACAGCAGCCGUUCAGCAGCUCCCACGCCCAGCAUCUCAGUCGGAGUCCGUUCAGACAGAACAGGUUUGGGCCUGAGGGUUCCUGAUGUGAGGAGCAGAGACACGCGAGAUCGAGCAAACCCCAGUUCACCCAGAGCGGGAAACCGGCGCAGGAGAGACGAGAGGGAGACAGCGACAGAGACAAAUCUCCAACCCAGUCCGACUCCCAGUCGCAGAGAGUCUCAGUCUCUGUGGAGCCGGUCCAGUCAGAGUCCAGUUAUCCCAGCUGCAACUCCAGCUCCGGUUCUAGUCACACCUGCGGUCACACCUGCACCUGCACCUGCACCUGCAUCUGCACCUGCAGGAUCAGGAGCUUUUAGCCGGAUGGCGUCUAUCAGCAGCCUGUUUCGCUCCCACCGCCGCGGCACCACCCCGGCCACCCCGGUUCAAGACCCUCCGCCGUCUGCCGCCAACCCAUGGGGAAUGGCUGCUCUGUCUGAGACUCCAACAGAGAUCAACCCAAGCCUCUUUUUGGACACACCAAUGCCAGACGCCAUGAUCCAGGCACCAGCUUUCCCUGCAUUGCGAGAAAUUAACCUUGAUAGCAUCCAGGCACCAGAACCGAGGUCCAGAGAAGAGUUUCUGCAAUACGCCGUCAACUUGAUGCUUGACCCCAACACCGCCCACAAACGGCUAGUCCUCUCUGAGGGUAACACCAAAGCCACCCUGCAGGGGGCGUCGCAGCCAUACCCCGACAGCCCACAGCGGUUUGACGGUUGGACCCAGGUGAUGUGCCAGGCCCCGCUGCAAGCCCAGCGCUGCUACUGGGAGGUGGACUGGCGAGGCCGGGGCUCCUCCAUGGGCGUGGCUUAUAGCUCGCUGAGCAGGAAGGGAUCGGAUGCCAGAUCGGGCAUCGGUUACAAUGCCCAGUCCUGGACCCUGGAGCUGUCAGACACCUGCUGCUCUGCGAUGCACGACAACCAGAAAAAGGACAUCCCGGUCACCUACUCCCCCCGUCUGGGCAUCUACUUGGACAUGAUCUCCGGAACGCUGGGGUUCUACAGCGUGGCGGACAGCAUGGUGCCCCUUCAUACCUUCAGGGCCAACUUCACCCAGCCGGUGUAUGCCGUCUUCGGGGUGGGGAGCGGAGUCGGAGUGGGUCUCGACUUCGCCCUUGGCCAGUUCUCGUCAAGCUCCGAUAGCAUCAAAAUCUGUCCUUUGUGAGAUAGAAGGAGACUUUAAUGCCGAUUGAGCUUUAUUAGUCCAAUCGGACGCACUUUUUAACACACAAUCGUUAGAACUUACACAACUCACUACAGAUUUGGCUCAUACAAGAAGACAAAACAUUGGAUAGUCCUUUAGUUUCUUAUAUUUUAUUUAUGAAAAAGGCAACUUCAUAAUAGCAGUGAGAGCACAGAAGCAAGACAUGAGGAAGUUACUGUCCAUAUUCAAUAUGACUAACAGAACUUUCUGGAUUUAUUGGAAAUAUUACAAAUUUAAAGGAGCAACAAAAAAACUCAUGUUGAGGCUUUCUUACACCACAACUGAGAUGUUUCUCUUGUUCAAAAAUAGGAAUUUCCUUCACAAACAAAAAUGUUUAAUACAUUAAAACCUAUAAUAAAAUGUUAGUUCACACCUAUAAAUAUUAAACAGAAGCAUCUAUUUAUAGACUAUGGGAUUUAAAUGUGUUACUAAAGCGCAGGUUGAACUCAAAAUGCAGUUUUAAGGUUGGAGGGUUUAUGGAGCAGAAAGUUGAGGAAACACUCCCACCUGCUGGCCAAUAUGUGAAAAGCAUACUCAUGUACAGUCAAAAUAAAACCCUACAACAACA